AUUAUUAUAAAAAAAUAAAAUCUGAAGUCAAUUUUUUUUUGUAGGUACUUAUCCGUUUGAAAGUCUCGCAGAUGAAGUGAACGUUGCAAUUCUCAUCAAAUUGAGCACUUUCUACUACAAAGAUUUCAGUCAAAUACUUGGACACAAUGCAAAGAGACAGGGCUUGGAUGUAUAAUAAGAACUUACCUGGACGUCUAGGAUUGACCGAUGAGUUUCGUACUGGGUUGGAACUAUUUUUGGACUUUGCUAAUAGUAAAUAUGAGUUAAUGGAUGGAAAUAAGUAAAGGUGUCCGUGUAGGAAGUGCAGUAAUGGUAAAUUUCAUGUGUGUGAUACAGUUAGAGAACAUCUUUGUAGAUUUGGGUUUACUCCGAACUACUAUAAUUGGACUUGUCAUGGUGAACCAUUUAUAUUUGAUGAAGGUUUGCGAAUAAGUGGCCAAUUUUUAGUUAGGAAAGAAUGUAGCUAUUAUGAUCAAUUGAACCCAUACCAGAGGAUGGUGAUUGAUGCAGCUGGUCAGAAUGUUGUUUCAGAUCCGAACCAUGCAAGUACAAGUACUAGUUUUACUCCUACACUUGAACAAUUGGAAGAGAUAGGAGUAACAGGUUUUGAUGAGAAUGUGUGUAAUGAAACGUUUCCAUCUAAUCAGUUCUGGGAAGUGUUGAAAGCAGCAGAUGAACCUUUAUGGGCAGGUUGUGACAACCAUACUCAGUUAUCAGUGACAGCAAGAUUGUUAAAUAUCAAGGCAGAGCAUAAUGUGUCUGAGAAUUGCUUUAACUCUUUUGUUGAAGUAAUGCGAGAAACAAUGCCUCGUGAUAACAUCAUGCCAAGUGAUUUUUACGAUAUGAAGAAGUUAGUGGAUAACUUAGGUCUUCCAGUUGAAAGGAUUGAUAUAUGUAGUAGGGGUUGUAUGUUAUAUUGGAGAGAUGAUGAAAAUGCAGAAUCUUGCAAAUUCUGUAGCCAACCUAGGUACAAGAUAAACAGGAGGCAUGGUCGUAAUCAGAAGCGUAGACCAUGCAAGCAAAUGUUUUAUCUACCCUUAAUCCCCAGAUUGCAAAGGCUUUAUGCGUCUCAAGCCACUGCUGAACACAUGACUUGGCAUGCAAAUCAUGAAACAGAAGAGGGUCUAAUGUGUCAUCCUUCAGAUGCAGAGGCAUGGAAACAUUUUGAUAGAACAUACCCUGAGUUUGCGAUAGAGCCUCGAAACAUCAGGUUAGGUCUCUGUGCUGAUGGAUUUGCCCCAUUUGGAAAAUCAGGGAAAAGUUAUUCAUGUUGGCCAGUUAUCUUAACUCCGUACAAUCUUCCACCCGGUAUGUGCAUGAAGACACCUUAUAUGUUUUUGACAUUGAUCGUGACCGGCCCGCAAAAUCCGAAAAAGUUGAUAGAUGUUUAUAUGCAACCAUUGAUUGAAGAGUUACAACGGCUAUGGAAUGAAGGUUCGUUACGUAUGAUGUUUCUACUAAUCAAACAUUUGUAAUGAAGGCUGCUCUUCUUUGGACGAUAAAUGACUUUCCAGCAUAUGGAAUGUUAUCUGGAUGGAGUAUAACUGGGAUCUUAGGAUGCCCGAUAUGUUUGCAGAGAUCGAAGUCAUUCAGAUUAAGACAUGGU